GAAUUAAAUCUGCACACAGUGAUCUCUUUGGUUGUGUGUUAUGUGUGUACUAUAGUCCAAUCUGCACAGAAUAGGACAGCAAAGUGGGUCUUAUAGCUUGAGUUUAAUAUUUUGUCCUCAGUUUUGACCCACAGGACAAAGCACUCGACUUAAACUAGUUCAACUAGAGACUAGUUUAUUAUGUUGUAUACAUGUAUAGUGUGUGUGUGUGUGUGUGUGUGUGUGUGUGUGUACUCGAUGACUGAAUGCAGCUUGGAGUUGUUGUAAAUUGAAGAAAGCUAUACAAAACUGGAAACAGUAUCGUGUUUAACAGACCAGCCCUUAAACACACACACACACACAAACAAACACACACAGAAUAUUUAGGGAUGGUGAAGGAAACGUCCACCCUGAAACACACAAAAAAAAAACACGGAUUAGGCAAAACAUUAUGACCACCUGCCUAAUAUUGUGUUGGUCACCCUUUUUGCUGCCAAAACAGCCCUGACCCGUCAUGCACUGUGUAUUCUGACACCUUUCUGUCAGAACCAGCAUUAACAACUUCAGCAAUUUGAGCAACAGUAGCUCGUCUGUUGGAUCGGAUCACACGGGCCAGCCUUCGCUCCCCAUGUACAUCAAUGAGCCUUGGCCGCCCAUGACCCUGUCUCUGGUUCACCACUGUUCCUUCCUUGGACCACUUUUGAUAGAUACUGACCACUGCAGCCCGGGAACACCCCACAAGAGAUGCAGUUUUGGAGAUGCUCUGAUCCAGUCGUCUAGCCAUCACAAUUUGGCCCUUCAUCAAUCUCGCUCAAAUCCUUACGUUUACCCAUUUUUCCUGCUUCUCACACAUCGACUUUGAGGACAAAAUGUUCACUUGCUGUCUAAUAUAUCCCACCCACUAACAGGUGCCAUGAUGAGGAGAUCAUCAGUGUUAUUCACAGAUAUGUGAAUUGUGCGAUUGGAGUUACAACAGAGAAUUGGCAUGGAGGAUGAAACCCAGGAAGAGAUUCUGGCCCAGUUUAAAGAGAAGCGGCUGGGAGGAUGGGGUCUGUUACAGCUGACGGCGGGGACAGGACUGGCGGCCUAUGCCGUGUGGGCAGGGAUUCUGAUGCCUGGGUUUCGCAGAGUGCCUCUAAAACUACAGGUGCCUUACAUACCAGCCAGUAAACGGCAAGUGUGUAACGUUAUGACGCUGCUGAAGGGCCGCACUGGAAGUCUUGCUGACUUGGGCUCAGGAGACGGGAGGAUCGUCCUAGAAGCAAGUCAAAAGGGUUUCUCUCCCGCUGUGGGCUACGAGUUGAACCCAUGGCUUCUUCGCCUCGCAAGAUUUCACGCUUGGAGAACUGGCCAUUAUGGGAAAGUCUCCUACCGGAGGGAGGACCUGUGGAAGGUUAAUCUUUCAGGCUAUGAGAACAUCACAGUGUUCUUAGCUCCAAGUGUGCUUGCGCCUUUGCAAAAGAAGCUACUAGCUGAGCUCCCUGAGGAUGCCAUGAUAGUUGCCGGACGCUUUCCCUUCCCUGAUUGGACGGCAUGCAGGAUAGAAGGGGACGGUGUAGACAGAGCCUGGGCCUACCACAUACAAGCUCUCAGAAAACACCACCGGUCAUCAAAGGACAGCAAGUCAGCUGAGCAAACCAGCUGAUUAAGGAGUCAUGUGACUUAUUUUAAAAACAUUUUAAAGACCAUAAAGGGACUUUCCAGCCCUACACUUUUAGUGGUAUUUAUGAUGGUUUUACUAGAUCGUUUUAUUACUGCACUGUAUACUGAUGUAACUUUUCCAUUCACUGCUGGAUACUGUUCACACCUGUUUGUACCACUAAUGUAUUCAGAGACUUUAGGAUGAUGCAGGAUGCCGUACACCCUUUUCAAUCUUCUGGUCAUGUGACUGUCACUGGUUGAUGGUAAUCUGACUGGUUUAUUAUGUACUCCUCCUUUGAGCAACAUCACACAUUCAAAUGUCACUUCCUGUCUACAAAUGUGCAAAUAACAUCUGUCUGACAUUAGAAUUAUGGUGGUCAAUUGCCACUAUUGGUUGGUGUACACAAAUUGUUUAGAGUGCCUGAUAAAAAUGACCAGUGAAUGUAUGUAUAAGCUAAAUGAAUGCAAUAAGAUAGCUACUAAAUGUAUAAAAUACAAGUGUAAUUUUCAGUAUUUAGUUCAUUGUGAUUGUAUAAUCCAUGUGGGUCAUCAUACCGAUAGGGAAACAGUACUUUGGUUCUUUCAGGCAGUUUUACUGAUAAACCUUGUUCCCAGAAGUGUUCCUUCCUUCCUGUGAUGUGUAGAAAUCUGCAUUUUUCAAAAUUACUCUUUCUGUCUGAGUGUGUGUGUGUGUGAGGUCUUUUUGAAGCUCCCAGGUUACUUCCUGUGUCUCUGUGUGACCUAAUUCAAUUCACACAUACUCAACAAAAAAUAAAUGAAUGUAUUUGA